AACUUUUAACUUUUCCACGGUGUGCACCGUGUACUGGUCUUCCCAUACUUUCACCACCAUCGCAGUCGAACGACCUACACAAAUAUGGACUCUUCAGAACUUUAUCAUGUCAAACAGCAAUUCAUCCUCGGUGCUCACAAGUCGCUCGUAGCCUUGGCCCUUCCAGAUCCCAAUGCUGCGGAUUACAACUCGAUUCUGUUGUAUCAAGCGCGCUCUCACAUUGCUCUCCAUGAUUCAAAAUCUGCUCUCAAACUCGUUCCGUCCAACACGCACAACGUCGCGUUCAGAGCGGUUGCAUCACUUGCUCGAUACGUGGCUGCACAGGGCGAGUCGACGAAGGAGGCCUCUUUGGAAGAGUUACGUGAUUUGUCAGUAGAGAUUGAGGGAGACGAUGUUGAAGCCACUCCCCGUGAAAAGGCGUCUGUCCGCGUCAUUGCUGGAACGGCCUUCGCGAUGGCUGGCGAGGUAGAAGAAGCGCUUGAGACUCUUGGUACCGACACUGAAGAUUUAGAAGCUGUUGCAGUCAUCGUUCAAAUUUAUCUUUCAAUCAACCGACCUGACCUCGCAAAACGAGAAUAUGAACGCUCAAAACGUUGGGCCGAAGACGAUCUUCUUCUACAACUAAUCGAAUCCAACAUUGGACUUGUCACCGGAAAAGAUGGUUACUCCAACACUCUUUCAUUUUAUACCGAACAACUUGGCAACCCUUCCUUGACUUCGCCGCAUAUUCUGACAGCGCGUGGGGUUACUCGUAUUUUACGAAAUGAGAUCCCGGAGGCCAAAUCGGACCUGGAGGAGUCCAUGGAGCAACAACAACAAAAUGAUGCAGAAAGUUUAGCUGCAUAUAUUGUUGCUUGCGGGCUUGGACCAUCCAAGAAAGGAGAAGCGGACGAGCAUUGGUUACGGUUACAGACCGAACAUCCCACACAUCCCCUCGUCCUCGACAUGGCUCAGAAAUCGGCACUAUUCGAUGAGGCAGUAUCAAAAUUUGUAGUACCCCCAUUGGCUACAGCAGCAUAGACAUGUUUUGUAAUCUAAUUGCCCGCUGAAUUCAACAGGUUACUAUUCGGAUG